AUGUCAGACAAUAAAUUAAAUGAUAUUUCAACAGAGAAAUCAGUUAACUUGUUUGAAGAACAGCAGAAAUGUCUUUCAUCUGAAGAACCUAUUCCAUCUGCAGAAUUUUCAACUUUACCAGGACCUUCUGUUGAUCCUGCUUCAUCUAUAUCAACUGAGUUGGUAGUUGUUGAUUUAGUAAUGAAUGAUACGUCAUUUUUCAGUGCUUCAAAAGAUCCAUCAUUAAGUGAUACUGUAAAAUUAGUGGGACUUGAUACUCCUACACCGUUUCUUAAGUGGGGUCGAUAUAUGUAUCGAGGACAUUGGGAGGAUAUGGUUGGCACAGAGCUUAUUUUUGAUAAAUCUGUUGAGCUGGUGGGUCUGUCUCGUCGUCGGCUUGUUAUGGAACGUAUUCGACUUGUUAAUAAACGCAAUAAUGCAGAGCCUGUAGACAAAGAUGCAGUGGAUGCUAUGUAUUUAGCCGAUGUAGCAGAAGAGUCACUUUGUGUUGAAACAUCUUGA